AUGUUUCAAAUGACUCCUGAACAACGCAGAAAUGACCUUUUAAUUUAUGAGUUAGUAACAGACCAUGAUGGCCCUGCUAUGACAUGGAGUAUGUUUUCAGUUGGUUUUAUGGAAUUAAAGCAGAUUGAGGCUGCGCAGAGACAAUUAAAGAAAUGCUUUGCAAACAUAACAGAACCAUUUAAGAUUUGGACAGAAUGUGCUGAUGGGUCUGGAGCUGUUAAUUUCCUUACAGGAAUGGGAGGAUUUCUGCAAGCUAUACUUUUUGGUUAUACAGGUUUCAGAAUCAACAAACAAAGCCUGGACCUGGACCCAGUUGCCACUGAUGAAAUCAUUAAAUUGCAGAUUACUGGGGUUUCUUAUCUUGGGAAUAAACUUAAUUUUACUUUUACAAAAUUGGAUACAACUGUGGAGUUGACAUCAGCAGACAGAAAUCCAAAGAACUCACUGGUUAUCUCAUUUGACCAAUUAACACCAGAUUUACCGUUAUAUAUUGGGAAACCAGUUUCCUUUCCAACGAAAGCAGCCCAUAUUCACCCAAAGAGUACUUCUAUUUGA